AGACCUAAGAGGCGCCUUGUGAGUGCGCAUGCGCAACGCAUAUUUUCGCUGCAGAUUUUCGUUUGCCAAAAAGCGUUUCUUCCAUUGAGAGAGUGUAACUUUAUGGCCAGAUACAUGAGGCCCCCAAAUACGUCUUUGUUUGUUAGAAACAUCUCCGAUGAAUCCAGGCCUGAGGAUUUGCGGCGUGAGUUUGGCCGCUAUGGGCCGAUAGUAGAUGUCUACAUCCCACUUGACUUCUAUACACGUCAACCAAGAGGAUUUGCAUACAUUCAAUUUGAGGAUGUGCGCGAUGCAGAAGAUGCUCUGCACAGCCUGGACAGGAAGUGGGUGUGUGGCCGGCAGAUUGAAAUCCAAUUCGCCCAGGGUGACCGAAAGACACCAAACCAGAUGAAAUCAAAGGAAAGGCGUUCUCCAGGCAGAUCCUCUCGAUACGAUGACUACGACCGAGACGGCCGGCGCAGGCGUUCGCGCAGCCGCAGCUACGACAGAUACAGAUCGCGCAGCCCUUCUUAUGAGCGCCACCGCAGGCGAUCGGAGAGUCCCAGAGACUCUCGUGGACGGAUGUAUGCAAGAGGCAGAAGCAGGAGCCGCGAGGAUGACAGGUACAGGCACAGGCCUCGGAGAGAGUCCAGAGGAAGAUCUCGAUCCCGCUCCAAGUCUGCAUCCCCACGAGAGAAUGUCAACCCGGCAACGUCCUCCCAUUACAUCGAGGAAGAAGUGCGACAGACGCACUCCCCGUCCCGUUCCAGGUCCCGAUCCGCAUCACGAUCUCGUUCUCACUCACGUUCUCGUUCCCGAUCCUGGGCAGGACGCAAGUCAGGAGGACGCUAGAGUAUCUAGAGUAUGUGCUCCCCCUCUCAUCUGAUAUGUCAGAUGGACCAGAUUCGGUCAUUUGUUAAGAAAAAUUUGUUUGUUUUGACAUGAAUGUAAAUUCCCCUGAAGCAUUUGUAGAAAGCCUGUUGGGGUUUUUUUUUGUUUUGUUUGUUUGUUUGUUUUUUUUGCAGCUCCAUUUUAAGAACAAUGCUGGUCCUUCGCUUGGUUUUAUAAAGUUGUUUUGGUAAGGUUCCCUGUUAGGAAUAUGAAACAGUCAGUGGUUUCUGUGUUCAGUGGUAGUCGGCCCAGAAUAAGUGUUUUUUUAUAUAAAUAUAUACAUAUAUACAGUUAAUGACUUUUGUCCUCUGAACCCUAUGCACCCAUUUCUGCAAAAACAUUCAGUAUUUUACAAGAAAACCUGUCGACGAACCAAACCAGCGUUUCUGUGCGUUUUAUCCCAUGACAAACCUUCUGGUAGCUUCUGGUAGAUUUUUUUUUUGGUUUUCUUCCCAACCUUCCACCACAGGUGUUCGCCUUUGUUUUGGGGAGGAAAAACAUUAAAGAAUUUUCAAAUGUUUUGGUGUGCAUUUUAAAAACGACUGGCCCUGGUGAGGAGUCUGAGUAAAAUGCACAGAAACGCUGCUGUGGUCCUCAAGUGUUAAGAUUUUUUUAUUUUAUUUUUUUUGUCCACCAGUGACUUUAACCACAAACUGCUUAAAAUAUACAUGAACCAGUUUUCAUUUUGUGGUGUUUUCCGUAAGAUUAAGCCUUUUUAAAGAGGUAUUUUAUUUUUUGGAACAUUUCUCCCAGCUGUCACUUCUGAGAGGAGGAACAAAAGUUUCUCAUUGGUCUUUCCACGACUGUGCUGUUGUUGUUGUAGGUUUUUCAGAAUGAAUCUCGUCACUGCAUGUUUUAUUCUCCUAAGCUUCUAUCUUUAGUAGGAAGAAACUGUUAUUUUGAGUAAUAAAUGGAUAACAUUCAGUAUGAGCAAA